ACAUUCUCCAGAGCAUCCUCUUGAAAUAAUUCCUCCUCAAAGUCCUUGUCCAGUUCAAAUUCUGUAUCAGAUAAUACUUUGCAAAAGUUGUUAAUUAUAAGAGAGGACUGUUCUUCAUCACCUUCCUUGGCUCCCAAAACUUCCUGUUUGGAGGACUCCCCUCCCUCGACUGUACAAAUGAGAACAUUUGCAUUCCUGUUCUCCAUCUGUGGAUCUUCUCUGGCUUUCAUCGAUGAAAAAGAUCCUUUCUUUAGUUGUUGCAGAGGAGAUCUAGUUUCUUGAUUCAUUGCAACUGAAUCCGAAAUUGUUUUCUCCAACUUACGCCUCCAUAUUUGCACUGAUCUCCUAGAAGGAUUCCUAGCCUUUCUUACGAACAUUCUACAAUCCUCUGCUCCAUGGAACUUGCUACCACAUCUGGGGCAAGGACAAAUCUCUUUUUCCACUUCAAUCUGCUGCCUCCACUCGCCGUUUGUCAAGUGGAUUGUGAUGUACUAUGGAAUACACCUGACUGCCGCUACCCUUAAUCUAGCGUAUUUACACAGAUCGUCCUCAUCAUCGAAGUCAAUCUCCAACUCCGUCCCAAGCAUCUUGUCGAUUUUCUCCAAAAAAACCUCACCCCAGUAUUCGAUCGACAAAUUAUAAAGUCUUACCCAUUUCGAGCAUGAAUAAACUGCCAAAGGGAUGGGAUUAAAAUUUGGUGUCCAAGGUUGUAGAUACACCGCAUGCUUAUCAGCAAACCAAUUCUCCUGAUUUAGGAUGCGAUCUCUUUCCGAAUGUUUUUCAAAAAGCACCACAAAAAAUCCUUUCAGAAUAAAUUUUAUUACACUCCGUUCACCCCACAUCUCUUUUACCCAUUGCUUGAUAUUUUUUCUUGACCAGUUAAGGCCGAUUAUCCUUGCAAUCACCGCUUGAUCUUCCCAAAACUGUCUAUCUUCCUCUAUCUCCUCUGUGAGAUCCACCACCAUCUCGUCUGCUUCUGCAAAAUUCCUUACUUUUGGUUUCCCUACAAAACCCUCUACUCCGCCAUUAACAUCCAAUAGUUUUUGCAGAGCCGAUCUCCCCAUUUUUUCAAUAUAUAAAAUAAUAUUCAUAUUAUAUUAUAUUAUAAUUUAUUUAUUAUCUAUGAAUUCAUAACAAAUUAUUUUUGAAGUCAUUCAUUCAUUCGCUCAUUUCCUAUAAUAACAUUUAAUUUUGAAAUUACACAUGCUCCUUGCCUUCGAUAAACCCUACAACCCAUAUAAUACUCCGUUCCCGCUGAAUCUAAUUCUUCGUCUGAAGUCACCAAUUGUCCGCUUACCGCUUCGUUCAUUCGACAUUUUAGUAUUUGACUAGCCGAGACCAUAAAGUUACCGGCAAUUGCUAGAAUGUUUGAUCAAACAGUGCACUGUAAUGGCGGUUCACUUUAGAGGAAGAUCAUUCCAGAAGCAAGUAGCAUCGACGCAAGAAAUAUUUUUUUAGUUAAUUUUUUAGGACAUAAAUAAAUAUAAUACGGUAAUGGCCUUUAGAUUAUUGGGCGUUCGUCUCCUGGGAGGAAUGUCAAAGAAGGUUUCUGUUCCUUAUUCAGAACACUGGAGACAAGUCUGCACAGCCAAUUUGGCACAUUAUGGAAGAUUCAAAGAUCAAUAUGGAAUUUCAAGUUACUUUUGCAUAUCGGGAUUUGCAGCUUUGAUGUUUGCGGGUGGCAUCCAAAAUGCGGUAGCAGAAACUGAAACAAAUGAUGGCAUGAAUAGAUCAAGGGAAGCUUCUAUGUCUGAAGGUAGCCUGUACAAUGCAGAUUUUGCAGAAGUGAUGACAAACGAACAUGCAAGAAGGUGGAGGGAGUACACUAAUAAGGGACAUGCAUUGUUUUCAGAAGGGAAGUCAAAUGAAGCAGAGACUUACUUUCUUUUAGCUUUGGAGGAAGCCAAACAAGGUUUUGGACUGAUCCAUCCACAAGUUGCAUCUUCCUAUAGUAAUCUGGCAGAGUUAUAUAGGAUGGAGCGAAAGUUUGAGAAAGCAGAACCCCUGUAUCUAGAGGCUAUUGAGCUACUGGAGGUAACCUUGGGCCCUGAGGAUUUACGGGUUGGUUUUGCUUUGCACAACUUGGGAGGAUUCUAUGUUAUGCAACACAAACUCGAACAAGCUCAGAAUUGUUAUGAGCGGGCUUUAAAGAUCAAGAGGCGCAUUUUAGGUCUUAAUCACCCAGAUUAUGCAAACACUAUGUUUCAACUUGGACAGGUUUUACGGCUUCAAGGAAACUUAGGCGAUGCUGAGAUUCUUACUCGAGAUUCUAUUAGAAUUUUGGAGCAAGGAGGGUUGGGCCAUUCUCAGAUAAUAAUAAAGCGUAUGGGUCAUCUUGCUCAGAUACUAUUGGAUAUGAACCAACUGCAAGAAGCUGAGAAUUUGCAACGGAAGAUUUUGCAUAUUCUGGAGGUGUCAAAGGGUUUGGAUUCUUUAGACACUUCCACAGCUGCAGAGAAAUUGGCACUUACCAUCCAAUCACUGGGAAGCUUGGAUGAGGCUCAAGAGCUUUUGCAAAGGAGUAUUAAUGUCAAACAAAAGCUUCUUCCUGAAAAUCAUAUUCAGAUAGGUGAGUCCAUGCUUAAGCUAGCAAGAGUAGCCAUGCUAAAAGCGAGUCGAAACAAAAAGGUGAAUGCCAUUGAAGCUGAGUUGGAACUUGAAAAAGCAAAGGAAUUACUUAGUGGUGCAAUAAGCAGGAUUGCAGAUUUAGCAACAGAACUCUUAAUAAGUGCAACAAGUGAUGAUGAAACUAUUCAUAAAAGGCCUACAAAAGAAGAAAAGGAUGCACAAGUGGCUCUUUUAACUCUGAUGCAAUCAUUGGAUGCACUUGGAACACUGGAAAUUUCAAUGCUCGAGUUACAUCAGGAAGCACAGGAGAAAUCCAAAGAUAUAGCUAAGGCAGAAGAAGCUGUACGCAAGUGUAUAUCUGCUGUGAAGAAACCUGGAAUCCCAGAGAGAAUUGUGAAGUUAGAGCCCAUUAGAAGAGAAUAUCUAUCGUGUCUGCAACAUCUUGUUGGUUUGCUUAGCCGAACUUCAGUCGAGAAAAAUAAGCAGAUAAAAGAAGAGCUAAGACAGUUAAACAAGGAAAUCGCUCAAAUUGAAGCUGACCUUGGAAUAAAGAGACCAAAACGAUUUUUCUGGUAGAAUCAUUUUUCUAUUUCCUAUCUUGAUUUUUUUAAAAUAAAAUCUGUUCUCGCUUUGUAUCAUUUUGAACAAUUUAAACUUGUUGAAAACCUCAGAAUUUGGUAGACUAGAUGGCUUAUCAUAUUUGUGGAACUUAAACAUGUUUUUUAACAAAGGGAAAGAGUACUGCAAUUUUAAUGAGGUGUGGCUUUCCACAUCCCGGGAAUUUUGUAUCUGCAUUUCUUAUUGGCUGAGAAAGGUUACCGGACCUUUAUUAAAACGAAUGGUAGUUCAGUUUUAAUAUUUAAAUCAUGUUUAACUGAAGCUCA